AUGGGCAAGCACACCAUCGUCGACGCAGCUGAAGAUGCCAUGUCCUUUAUUCCUCCCAGUAUAGACACUGCCCAUCUACUCUCGGGAGACUCGUACGCCUACUACACGCCUUGUCCAGCUGGAAUUACACCUUACGACAAGUCCUCUACAACUCCACAGACGACAGAGCCUACACCAUGUGUCCUCGGCGUUGACGAAGCUGGCCGUGGUCCAGUCCUGGGUCCCAUGGUCUACGGUGCCUUUUAUUUGCCUCUUGAGCUACACCAUUCCCUACUGGCGCAAGAACACAGCUUCGACGACAGCAAAGUCCUCACGCCUGCCGUACGCGCCAAUUUGAUGCGCUUGAUCAAUACGCCUGGCGAGAAUCUAUACGAGUCCUGUGGAUAUGCAAUCAAGGUGCUGUCUGCGCGUGAUAUCGGCGCCGGAAUGAUGAAACCAGGCACCGCAGUCUACAACCUCAAUGCGCAAGCCAUGGACGCCACAAUUGAGAUUAUUCGCGGCGUACUUCAAGAUCGUGCUGUCAAUGUACAAGAGAUCUAUAUCGAUACUAUCGGCAACCCUGCUACAUACCAGGCCAAACUUGAGCGGAUUUUCCCAUCUAUUAAAAUCACCGUGGCAAAAAAGGCGGACUCGCUGUAUCCCUGUGUGAGUGCGGCCAGUGUGGCUGCCAAAGUGACGCGUGAUGUUGCGUUGGAAGUCUUGUACGAGUCCGUCCUCAAGGCGCAACAGCUUGAAGACGGUUCCACGCCCCCUGAAAGUUGGGGCAGUGGCUACCCUUCGGAUUCCAAGUGUGUCGGGUGGCUCCGACGGAACAUGGAUCCUGUUUUUGGCUGGGGCAGCGAAUGUCGCUUCAGCUGGGGUACUGCGAAGGAAAUGCUCGAGCAGAAGGGCGGAGCCCGAGUGGAUUGGCCUGCAGAUGACGAUGAGGGGAAUGGCAUGCUAAGUGAUUUUCUCCUGGCAUCUGGGCCCGGAAAAGGGUCGAGCAAGGAUGGGUUGCGGGACUGGUUCGGACAACGACAAGCAGAGAUUAUAUGA